AUGUGGUUCGGGGAACUGAAAGCGCUUCUACUACUGGGCUUCCUGUCCCGUAAUGUUAAUGGCCUCAAGUACGACGAGCAAUAUGUCGACUACAACCUCAACCAGAACAAGGAUGCGACGGAUCCCAUAAUGUACGAGGGAACAUGGGAGGGCCACAACCACUACCCGUCGCCCAAGAACUGGCGGUUCCCGUUCUACACCCUCAUGCUCGACAGAUUCGUCAACGGCAACCCGGAAAACGACAACGCCAACGGCACGGUACUCGAGCAGGACAUCACGGGCACGCAGUUGCGAUGGGGCGGCGACAUCGCCGGCCUCGUCGACACGCUGGACUACCUGCAGGGCAUGGGCAUCAAGGGAAUCUACUUUGGAGGAUCAAUGCUCAUCAACGCGCCCUGGAACUACGACUCGUACUCGCCGCUGGAUCACACGCUUUUGGAUAUGCACUUUGGCAACAUUACGGAAUGGAGAGAGGCCAUUGCCGAGAUUCACAGGCGCGACAUGUACGUCGUCUUCGACAACACCAUGGCCACCUUGGGUGACCUGAUCGGCUUCAAGGAUUACCUCAACACGUCGGCGCCAUUCGAGCCCGAGGAGAUGGAGGUCGUCUACAAGACUGACCGGCAUUACCUCGACUGGACAUUCCCGACAAAGUACAACGAGACGUGCGAGCACUUCCCCCGUCUCUACCUCGAAGAGGGACGGGAAGUUCCCCAGGAGGUCUAUGACAUGUUUGGCGGCUGCUACGACGGUGACUUUGACCAGUUUGGUGACACGGAGGCCUUCGGCGUCUACCCGGAUUACCGACGUCAGUUGACCAAGUUCGCCUCCGUGCAAGACCGACUGAGAGAGUGGGUGCCGGCGGUCAACCAGAAGCUGGCGCACUUCUCGUGCAUGAUGAUCCAGAUGCUGGAUAUCGACGGGUUCCGGUUCGACAAGGCGCUGCAGGUGACGGUCGACGCGCAGGGCAUCUUCUCCAAGAAGAUGCGCGAGUGCGCGCGCGACGUCGGCAAGGACAACUUCUUCCUGCCGGGCGAGAUCACGGGAGGUAACACCAUGGGCACCAUCUACAUCGGGCGCGGACGCGUCCCGGAGCAGUGGUUCAAGGACAUCAACACGGCCUACAACACGACCAACGAGACGGCGCAGGGCCAGGACAUCUUCAUCCGCGACGAGGGCCACCAGGCGCUGGACUCGGCGGCCUUCCACUACUCCUUCUACCGCUUCCUCGUCAUCUUCCUGGGCAUGGACGGUACGGGUGUGGCGGGCUACGACGUGCCCAGCAACUUCGUCGAGGCGUGGAACGAGGUGCUGCGGUCCAACGACAUGAUCAACGCCAACACGGGGCAGGUCGACCCUCGCCACAUGUUCGGGGCCAUGAACCAGGACACGUUCCGCUGGCCCGCCAUCGAAGUCGGCCACGAGCGCAGCCUGAUGGGCCUCUUCAUCACGACGCUCCACCUGCCCGGCAUCCCCAUGCUGACGUGGGGCGAGGAGCAGGCCUUCUACGUGCUCGACAACACGGCGCAGAACUACAUGUUCGGCCGUCAACCGCUCGCGUCGGCGCCCGCGUGGCAGCAGCACGGCUGCUACUCCAUGCCGGCGACGCUCUACUUCCAGAUGCCCCUGACGAGGGCGCGCGAGGGCUGCCGCGACGACACGGUGUCGUGGGACCACCGCGACCCGAGCCACCCGAUCCGCAACAUCCUCAAGCACAUGUACCACCUGCGGGAGGAUUACCCCGUCCUCAAGGACGGCAUGUGGCUCGAGCAGCUGUCCAACACCACCGAGGACCUGUUCUACCCCGGUAACUCGGGCAUGGCGACGACGACCGGCCUCUUCAGCGUGAUGCGGUACCAGCUCGGCGUGCAGGACCUCGGCGAGGACCUCGUGCCCGUCUGGUUCCUGUACCACAACCGCAACGUCACGCACACGUACAAGGUCGACUGCAGCAAGGAGGAGGAGGCCAUCGUGUCGCCGUUCACGGCCGGCACGACGGUGAAGAACCUCUUCUUCCCGCACCAGGAGACGGAGCUCGAGACGUCGCCCGUCAAGCUCACGUACGCCGGCAACACGGGCUUCAACGGCUGCUUCAGCAACAUCACCAUGGCGCCGUUCGAGUUCCGCGCGUACGUGCCCAAGGCCGACUUCAAGAACCCGCCCGUGGGCAUCACCAAGUUCGUGCCGGGCCACGACUCGCGCAUCGAGUCGUCCAACCCGACCAACACGGUGCCCAUCGAGUUCCAGCUGUCGGUCAAGAUGGACUGCGACAGCUUCAAGGACGCCGUCAGCUUCAAGUCGCACACGGACGACAACAGCGUGCCGUCGAUCGACGAGAGCUCCAUCAAGUGCGAGGACAUCUCCGAGACGGUCUCGGAGUGGACGGCGGCGCUGGCGUCGGCCUGGUCGUGGAAGGCCAACCUCGUCAACGUCAAGCACGGCGUGCACCAGGUCACCGUCGCCAACGCCACCGUCUCGGGCGGCGGCUCGACGACCAACGUCACGGACCGGUUCCUCUUCCGCGUCGGCGCGCAGGACAACGGCAUCGUGUUCCCGCACACGGCCAACUACUCGACCACGCUGCUGAGCCGCGACGACGACGGCACGAUCCGCAUCAAGCACACGUCGGCGGGCGCCAGCCAGUUCCGGUACUCGACCAACUUCGAGUCCUCGUGGAGCGACUGGGCGCCCUACGAGACCGAGACCAAGGUGGUCAAGCAGCCGUGGAGCGGCACCAAGGACCAGGAGUGGAAGGGCGAGCACGUCAUCGUGCAGUACUACAGCAAGCUGCUCGGGUCCAGCGCCUACAAGGUGCACGCCGACCUCGACUACGACACGCCGCGGCGCAUCCCGCACAUGUUCGCCGUCGGCAAGUUCAACCAGUUCGGCUACGACAGCGGGCUGACCAAGGCGCUCAAGCACGAGAGCGAGUCUCAGUGGGCGUGGCACUACAUGGACGAGUGGCCCAACUUCUUCAAGUUCAACGUCUGGGGCAUGAACCCGGACAAGAUGCCGGACCAGUCCUUCAUCUACGGCGACGUCGACGGCGACAACGUCGUCGAGCGCCUGCCGCCCUCGUCGCUCUUCGAGAACGCCGUCAACAUCACGGCCGCGCCGCCCAAGCCGCACCUGGCCUUCCGCGUCGUCCUCAACGACGCCACCCUGCAGUACCAGCUCAUCCCCCAGGGCAACAUGUGGAUCCAGUUCGUGCUCUGGCUGCUGCUCCUCGUCGUCCCCGUGCUCUCGGGCCUCGCCGCCGUCCAGGCCUUCAAGCGCUCCUUCUACAAGGUCAAGUUCAACGAGCACGGCGUCCACGACACGUCCAAGUUCGGCAUGAUGAUCCAGAAGACGCGCAACGCCUUCAUGGGCGCCGCCGGCGCCAUGCCCCUCAAGAUGCGCAGCUCCACCGACCUCGUGUCCGCCGCCGCCGCCGCCACCGCCGGCAACAAGCGCCGCCGGGUGCUCAUCGCCACCAUGGAGUACAACAUUGACGACUGGAACAUCAAGAUCAAGAUCGGCGGCCUGGGCGUCAUGGCCCAGCUGAUGGGCAAGGCGCUCAAGCACCAGGACCUCGUCUGGGUCGUCCCCUGCGUCGGCGACGUCGAGUAUCCCGUCGACAACCCGGCCCCGAGCAUGUACGUCAAGAUCAUGGACCAGGAGUACGAGAUCAAGGUGCAGUACCACAUCGUCGACAACAUCACCUACGUCCUGCUCGACGCCCCCGUCUUCAGGAAGCAGACCAAGUCCGAGCCGUACCCCCCGCGCAUGGACGACUUGGAGAGCGCCAUCUACUACUCUGCCUGGAACCAAUGUAUCGCCGACACCUGCAACCGCUUCCCCAUCGACCUGUACCACAUCAACGACUACCACGGCGCCAUCGCACCGCUGUACCUGCUCCCCAAGACGGUCCCCGUGGCUCUGUCUCUCCACAACGCCGAGUUCCAGGGUCUCUGGCCUAUGCGCACGCCCGAGGAGAGCAAGGAGGUCUGCAAGGCGUACAACUUGGAUAUUGCCAUUGUCAAGAAAUACGUCCAGUACGGCUCAGUCUUCAACCUCCUCCACGCCGGCGCCAGCUACCUCCGCGUCCACCAGAACGGCUUCGGUGCCGUCGGUGUCUCCCGCAAGUACGGUGACCGCUCAUUUGCCCGCUAUCCCAUCUUCUGGGGUCUGUCCAAGGUCGGCCAGCUGCCGAACCCGGAUCCCACCGAUACCGCCGACUGGGACAAGAACGACUUCAUGAACCAGCCCAAGAUCGAGGUCGACCCCGCCUACGAGGCCGGCCGAGGCGAUCUGAGGAGACAGGCGCAGGAGUGGGCCGGGCUCAACGUCGACCCCGAUGCCGAGCUGUUCGUCUUUGUCGGCCGUUGGUCUCUGCAAAAGGGCGUCGAUCUCAUCGCCGACAUCUUCCCCUGGGUCCUGGACACCUACCCCAAGGCCCAGCUCAUCGCCAUCGGACCCAUGAUCGACCUCUACGGACGCUUCGCCGCCCUCAAGCUCGCCAAGCUCAUGGAACUCUACCCCGGACGCGUCUUCUCCAAGCCCGAGUUCACGGCCCUGCCGCCUUACAUCUUCAGCGGUGCCGAGUUCGCCUUGAUCCCCUCGAGAGACGAGCCCUUUGGCCUCGUUGCCGUCGAGUUCGGUCGAAAGGGAGCCUUGGGCGUCGGUGCCCGCGUCGGUGGUCUCGGUCAGAUGCCCGGAUGGUGGUACACGGUCGAAUCGACCAAGGCUGCCCAUCUUACCAAGCAGUUUAAGCAUGCUAUAAAGGACGCUCUCGAGACGGACACCAAGACCAGGGCCAUGAUGCGCGCCUGGUCGGCCAAGCAGCGCUUCCCCGUCGCCGAGUGGCUCGAGAAGCUCGAGAAGCUCCAGGGCGGCGUCAUCAAGGCGCACGCGCGGUACGGCAAGAAGGGCCUCAAGAAGGGCAACGUCCUCGUCAAGCACAGCCGCGCCAGCUCCAUCGCCGACCCCCUCCGCAACGACGUCGAGCUCGUCGACCGCUCCCCGGCUUGGAUGCGCCAGGUGUCCGACUACGACGACGACGCCACCACCCUCCACACCGGCCGCAACACCCCGGCCGGCAUGCAGACCCCCAUGAUGUACUCGAGCACCCCGGGGUCCCCCUCCAUGUCUCCCACACCCGUCUACGUCGACUCCCCCUACAGCUCGCGCGCCGCCUCCCCGGGGCCCUUUGGUCGUGAUCCCCAGCAGCACGGCCGCAACAUCUCGGGCAACGACUUCACCCAUAGCCGUAACUUUUCGCUCCCGGGACACGCCGGGCAGCAGCAGCAGCAACAACAUCAACACCAGGGCAGCGACCUGGCACACAGCCGCAACGUCUCUGGCUUCUCCAUGGCCGACACCUUACCUCUCCCCCCUCCUGUGGCCGGCCUCGGCAUGCAGCAGGACAACUCGUCCCGCGCCUCGAUGCUCAGCGUCGAGGACGUCGUCGGCGACAGGCACGACUACAAGCUGCAGCAGGUCGACCCCUUUUUCACGGACUCCAAGGGCGAGUUCUACCAGCACUUUGAGGAGCGCCUCAAGAACCUCAACGCCGGCAACUCCAUCUCGGAUCUCUGCAUCGAGGACUACCUCAUCAAGAGCGAGAAGGAGUGGUUCGACAUGUACCUCGACGCCCGCCUCGGCCGCUCCGCCUCUCCCUCGUCCGCGAGGGGCGUCUCGAGGUCGCGGCCCUCGUCGCCCAACAACGGCUCGAGGCUGAGCCUGGGCAUGUUCAAGAACAAGUCGUCGUCCAAGCUGAGCCUGCCGCUCGAGCGCGGCCGCGGCCGGCGCUCGGGACUGAUGAACAGCAUGGCCGCCUCCGACAGCAACCAGGCCGGCGUCGACACGUACGACGACAGGACGCCCCCGGACUCGCCGGGCUCCUACAACGCGCAGUUCGACCUCCCCGACGACUACGUGCCCCCCACCGGCUUCAAGAAGUACCUCCAGUACCGCCUCGGCGACUGGCCCGUCUACGCCAUGCUCCUGGCCCUGAACCAGAUCAUCGCCACCAACUCGUACCAGGUCACGCUGCUCACGGGCGAGGUCGGCCAGGCCGCCUCGAAGCUCUACAUCAUCGCCACCAUCUACCUGUGCUCCUCCGUCGUGUGGUACGUCAUGUCGCGCACCAUGCCGCUGCUCUACCCGCUGUCCAUCCCCUACAUCGUCUACGGCAUCGCCUUCCUCAUCCUCGGCUUCUCCCCCUUCGCCGCCGACGACAACGGCCAGGUCUGGCUGCAGAACGUCGCCACGGGCCUGUACGCCUUCGCCUCCUCGUCCGGCUCGCUGGCCUUCGCCUUCAACUUCGGCACCGACGGCGGCUCGACCGUGCCCAAGUGGAUCCAGCGCCUCGCCAUCAUCCAAGGGCUCACCCAGAUCUACACCCUCGGCCUCUGGGCCUGGGGCAGCCUCGUCUCCGAGGCCGAGGCCAACAGCGUGCCCAAGCCCACGCUCGCCGGCUCGCCCUGGCUCCUCGCCGUCUGCGGGCCCGUCGCCAUCCUGCUCUGGGCCGUCGGCGCCAUCCUGUUCCUCGGCCUGCCCAACUUCUACCGCGAGAUGCCGGGCCCCAUCCCCCAGCUCUGGCUGACGCUGCUCAAGCGCAAGACCAUCGCCUGGUACCUCAUGGCCGUCUGCAUCCAGAACUACUUCCUCAGCACGCUCUUCGGCCGCAACUGGCUCUUCUUCUUCUCGUCCCAGCACCUGCCCGUCUGGAGCAUGGUCGUCCUCGCCCUCUUCUUCUUCAUCAUCGUCUGGGCCCUCGUCCUCUGGGGUCUGGCCAAGGCCAGCGAGAGCCACCCGUGGCUGUUCCCCAUGUUCGCCGUCGGCCUCGGCGCCCCGCGCUGGGCCCAGAUCUGGUGGGGCACCUCGCGCAUCGGCGUCUACAUGCCGUGGGCCGGCAGCAUCGUCGCCGGCGCCGUCCUCAGCCGUAUCCUGUGGCUCUGGCUCGGCGUCCUCGACGGCCUCCAGGGCGCCGGCAUCGGCAUGAUCCUCAUGCUGACGCUGACUCGCGUCCACGUCGCCGCCGCCUGCGUCGGCGCCCAGGUCCUCGGCUCCAUCUUCACCAUGCUCGCCCGCGCCACGGCGCCCAACAAGGUCGGCCCUUCGUCCGUCUUCCCGGACAUCAGCGAGGGCCUCGGCGUCGCCUUUGCCAACGCCUGGUUCUGGGUCGUCCUGUUCCUCAACCUGUUUAUCUGCAUUGGUUACUUCAAGUUCUUUAGAAAGGAGCAGGUUAGCAAGCCUUAA